GACGUCGGAUUCCCGCAGAUCGAGGGUCCUCGCAACGUCCGAGGUGCUUCUCCUCGAAACCGCCCUCAUUGAGGGGCAUCAUGAUCGUGUGGAUCGUUAUGCAAUCGGCGCCUUCUUGUUUCAGCUCUAUGCAAGGGCGAGGGUCUCCGAUCUUCGCAACAUUUCCAAGCUAGAACUAGACCUGAAUGACGGUGCCGGCUUCAUUGAGGUUUGGAUUUAUGAGCACAAGAGUUCUAGGCUUGGCAGUGGGGCAGGAGCGGUGCUGAUUUUGGUUGCGCCUUAUCAUGGGCUCCACGUCCAACCCUGGGGGCAGGCGUGGGUGCAAGCUGCAGCGGCAGUAGGCUUCGCCUUUGACAAGGGGCACCGGGGACCGAUUCUCCCAAGGCUGGCGAGCGACUACAGUUGGAGUGGAGAUGCUACCGACGCCAACGAGACCACUCGCUGGUGCCGAGGGAUUCUUGCUCAGCUCACUGGAGGUUCCAUCGAUGAAACCUUCUCGAGUCACGGCCUAAAGGCUACUCCUCUCAGCUGGACAUCCAAAGCAGGAUACCCAGAGCGCACCCAGCUGAUUCUAGGGCAUCAUUCGCUGGGAUCCACAGGAAAGACUCAGGAGUCCUAUGCCCGUGAGGUCCAGGCGCAGCCUCUACGAGACCUGGUGGAGUGCAUUGCGGCCAUCCGGCGAGGCUUGUUCCACCCAGGCCGGACGUGCAGCGGCAUGGUGACUCAAGGUGCUCUGGGAUCUCAUUUCAAGUUCGGCGGGGCCGGGGCGCACGAGUUUGAGUGUGCACCCCCUUCCGAUUCGGCUCAUUCGAGUGUACUUGAGCCGGCACCAGUCGAGAUCCCUCAAGGCUCGCCGCGUGAGGAAGCGGGAUCACCCACCAAGGAUGGGGAAGCUUCUUCCGGAUGCCAGGAUGAAGUGGCUGAGCCCCAGAGUGAAGAGUCCGAGAGUUCUGGGGAGUCCGAGGGGGACGCUGUCUAUGAAAAUUUUGGUAAAGGGAUCACGCAGGAUGCGAUCCCCGAUGUGAAUAUGGGCCCAGAUCUUGACAUCUUCCAAAACCCGAAAACCAAGAGCUUGCAUGCGCGGGCGAGGGGCUCGACUGGCAAGCUGAUCUGCGGCCGAUCACUCGACAAUAUGAAGACCUUUGAAGGAAAGGUCUUUAGCCAUCGUUGGAUGUGCAAACAAUGCAUAGCCGGGCGCCCUGUGCGCGACAUAGGGGCCCUCAACUCUUUCCUGACUAAGAAGCAGGGAAGGUCGGUUCAGAGGGACCGAGCAUCCCUGGUGAAUGGCACCAGGGCCGUUGAGCUGACAGGCUUGCUGCUCGUGUGCGACACGUGCAUGUCGUUCCGAGACGUUUUCUCCCAAGGCUUCAAUCUAGGCGAGACCCCUUCCGAGGAGUCGUUGAUCGGCCUGAUUCAGACAGAGGGAGCCGAGCCAUCGAGGGGCUCGAUUGCGGCCGUUCGCCAUUUGGUCUUUGAAGCGCAGACCUUAUUAGUGAGCCAGACCAAAGCCCUGGUCGAAAACCGGGAAGCUGAAACCAAAGAUCUCGCGCCGGCUGAGCGCAGGGAGAGGAUAAAAACCCAAUCGCAACGAUUGGCAGGCAUCACCAUGUCCGGCCAGAGUGAGUGCAGUUUCGCAUCCUACGAGCUCGAUCUCCAGCAUUCGACUCUGAUCGUCACAAAGAGCGGGAGCCUGAUCAAGUGUGCGAUACUUCUACUGCCCUCAGCCUCCAUCAUGCCCUUCACCGGCGCAGUCCAGGCUUCUGUGGAUUUUCUGAUGGCGCACCUGCAUCAGGAGCCUGCCGCGGGCAGUCGUGCCACCACAGUUCAACAGAUACUGUUGGCUGAUCGUGCUGCCUGGCUUCGCCUCUCAGAGCUCACGCCGGAUGGGAUCAGGCGCGACGAAGCCGGCCGGCUCCCGCUUGACCCGCUGUGGAAGCGCCUUGAAACGGACCCCAAGGUCAUUUUUCACCUUCUUCCCCGUGAAGGUAACACCACAGGUCCGGCUAAACGCACCGGUGAGCAUCUCGCAGAUUCGGAAGCUCCCUCGCCAGGCAAGAAGCAGCGCAAGGGUAAGGGCAAGGGCAAAACCAAGACCCAGAAGGAGCCCGCCAACCUGCCCGAGGAGCUCAAAGGCCUGUCUUCCUGGACCAAGACCGGUAAACGCCGUUGUUGGGGCUUCAAUAUGCAGGUCGGAUGCCCCCAUGCAAAGGUAGGACAG